AUGCUGAGACAGAAACGUUAUCUUGUGUAUCCGUUUGGAGGAGGACUUUUCAAGCUUAUUAUGGGUUUUGGUGUUCCAGUAGCUGUUCGCAAGGAUUGGAGUCUGGGUUUCGGUUACAAUAUGCAAUUCCAAUACGCCCUGCCCCCAAAUAUUGGGGGUCUAUUCAACCUCUACAAUCCAGUAACGUACGCGAUAGAGUAUAGGAAACGUCGUUCAGUAAAAGAACAAAGAGAUACAUCUAGAGAAUAUUUCUAUCUGUUCAUAGAGACACUAUUGGAAAUGCGCGGCAUGCAUGGAAAAUCGUGUCUCCUGAGGAUGAUAUGCGAAGAAGCCGAAGCACCAGUAGGACACGAUGGGAUAAUGGGAGAGAUUUUACAUAUAAUUUUAACACCACAGGAAAAUCCAGGUCCAGUUAAUAAAAAUCUCAUAGAAUACUCUGAAGCCCGCCACGCAGGACAUGCAAGGGCGGACUGUAGAAAUUUAUACCCAGAUUGUCCACCUGAUCAAAAUAUGCUGGAUGCAAUUUCUAGUGCUUUUCAUUAUUAG